GCCGCCAUGUUGGCUGCGACGGUGGUCGCGCGGGACCAAAAUCCUUCUUCCUCCGUCCGGUGUUGUCUUUCCGCCCUCAGGUUGGUGGAGCGAAGAGUAGCAUGGCCAGAAGAGCAGUGGAGGAGAAAGAGGAGGGCGAGCAGGAACCUUCAGCCUCCGCCGCCCGCCUCCUCCGCGGCGCCUUGGACUCCCUCUAUGACUUCGGUGAAUCGUUGCUAAAUGGAAAUAAAAAGAAUAAGAGAAAAAAGAAAAACUCACAAGAGAAAUUCGCAAUGACUUCCAACAAUAAUCAAUCAGAAGACAAAAGGGUGAAUCUUGAGUCUGGCACAGCAGUAUCAAACAAAAGGAAAAAUGACUUCUUUGAAGAACUGAAAAAUGAACGGGUAUCUGACUUUAUUAAUAAGAACAACAAUGCAACAGAAUGUAGAUCCCCAAAUACGACCACACAGAAACCUGCUCAGCAGGAAAAUGCUUCAGAUAUUGAAGUGGUGACAUUCCAUGGUCGACACAGAAAGAAGAAAGUUAAACUUGAAGCUCCUGAAAUUGAUUGCUCCAAGGAAAAAACAACUUACCAAGAAAAGCAUGCAGGUGGUCAGGCAUUUAACCUGGAAAAAGCCCGUUUGGAAGUGCACCAGUUUGGAAUCACUGGAUUUGAUAAGAAAGAACAACGGGUUUUGGAACAAGAACGUGCCAUCAUGUUAGGAGCAAAGCCUCCUAAAAAAGAAUAUCUGAACUACAAGAUUCUUCAAGAGAAAAUUAAAGAAAAGAAGGAAGCCAAGAAGGGAGAAAGCAUAAUGGAAAAUAAACCAAUUUUUCUCAAGAAAAGGAAGAAAAAGGGGCACGAAGGGAGUAAAUCUAAGAAGAAGGCAAAGCAGAGCAUAGUGCCUACAGGGCAAGUUGGAACAUUUAAAAAUGGGACCCUAAUUCUUCGUAGUUCUGAUAUAAAGAAAAUCAAGUCUUCCAAAGUAGUUAAAUGACAUCGUUGCACCAAGCUGAAUUGAAAACUAGAUACAUGAACUUUGUGGUCAAACUUUUUAAAAGCAUUUAUCCGUUUUCUAAAAAAAACUUCUAAUUUUUUUAAUGCAUGGAUUUUUGUGGGGUCCUCAAUUUUGUACUUAAUAAAAUGCAUUUGAAAAUAAACAU